AUGGAAAUUUUACGUUUAUUUGUAUUUGGAAUGUUUCUGUCCAUGGUAUGGAAUGAAGAAGAAGCAUUACCAAGAAUUCGACAAAGUACUGUGUGUCUUAACUGUAAAAAAGCCUCUACGGUAAAGAUCGCCUGUGUCAAACACGAAAGAAUUGGAUUUGAAGGUAUUUACUACGGCGGGAAGAAUAUCCGUUCCUGUAAGGUUGGUGCCAAGUUAGAUUGUCAGAUUUCGACGCCAAACUGUUGUAUCCCGGAUAAGAACAGUGACUGUAUUGCCACGGUUGAUACGAAGAGUUAUUAUGAGAGUUGCCUCGGGUUAGAGUCAUGCUCUUUUACGUUUGCUGAUGACUCUAUGACUUGUUCUCAAGAUUCAAGUAUCACCAAUCCAAACUAUGCAGGAAUCAGUUAUUAUUGUAUACCAGAGACAACCUUCGUAUAUCUGGAGCAAGAUUCGAUAUCAAAUGGUAACGUUGUUUACCUGAUUAACCAAGACUAUCCAGUUGCUUUAGGGUCUUUCACUGCUUUCACCUGUUCUGUGGAGACUAAAUGUGGUAAAACAUUGUCAAUCAGUGCCCUGGAUAUAUUUCUCGGUUAUGAUGGCACUAGAGGACAGUGUAUUCAUGAACUGACAAUACAGGACAAUGAAUUGGAUUUUAAAGAAAGUAUUGAAAUCAUUUGUGGAAAAAAUGCUAGAAGGCGACCGUCUCCAUGUUGGGUUACACAAGAAGACAUUACAAUAAGUACUACUAUGUCCUAUAACAGCACUAACGGUACGAAUUUAAGCAAGUCCACAAUGCCAGACGACGACACUCCAGUAAGGACUAUAGUUUUGAGUGUGAUAAUAAUUCUGUUGGUUGCAGUGGGCAUUACUAUUGGCGUCUCUUAUUAUAAGAAGCAUAAACAGUCAAAAAUUUCUCCCAAUGAAAAUGUAGUAGCUCUUUCAACAUCAUCAAACACUGGGUCUGAAAACGAGCUUUCAACUCCUUCACCUGGACGAGUACCAACCAGAAAACGACUCGAAGAUGAAGAUGACCAAUCUGAUGAUCACAACGCAACUGAAAGUCCAACGAGCGAUAACUGGAGGACGAGGAGCCGUAGGUUUGUUCCACCACUAGUGGACUAUCCUUCCGCUCCAAUUAGAAAAAGCACUGUCUUACCUGGAAUAGGCGAACGAAGAAGACCAAGAAGCUACCGAGCUGCACUUCCGCAAGACAUCCGAAGACCACUUCCGAAGAUUGAAAGGAAUAUUGAAUGA